AUGAUGGUCUACGACAAGAAGAUUGACGACUACAACUUUGGCACCCUGUUGAGGGCCUCCCCCAAGACCGAGUACGGCGAGAAGGAGACCAUCUUUGUGCCGCGCAUGCAGUUUUAUGCCGUCGAGAUUGCGAGAAACCGCGCCGGCCUCAACGACUGGGUUUACGAGGAGGCCGAAAAGGAGAGGAAGAAGGCCAAGGGCAGCAGCGCAUAG